AUGGUCGAUGGGCAUGGUUCUACAGGGGUAGGCAUUGAAUCCAGUUUAAGUUCAGGUUCUGCGGAUAUAAAAGAUGUCGAUUCCGAGAAAAUUCAAACACACAAUAUAGUGGUCAAGUCAAAGACAAAUGCGGAUACUGUGGAUCUCCGUAGGUCCUCUGCAAGCACCUCAAACUCCUUCAAUUACCAAUAUCUUCCUUCCGGUGAUUACGUAGUGGAUAGAAACAAACCAAAGACGUUUUUGAAUAGAGACGAUCUGGAAAAAGUCACAGACUCAGAAGUUUUCCCUCAGAAACGUCUGUUCUCUUUCUUCUACUCUAAAAAAAUGCCAGUCGUUCCUGCAAAUGAUGAUGAGAGAAAGGAUCUUCCACUGCUGAGAGCCAACAUCAUCUCGAAAAUCUUCAUUUGGUGGGUCGUAUCGAUCGUUAAAGUCGGUUACAAGAGAACUAUUCAACCAAAUGAUCUGUUCAAAAUGGAUGAAAGACUGUCAAUCAACAACAUCUAUACAAGAUUCGAAAAAAUAUUGAAUUCAUAUGUAGAGAAACAUAGAGCUAUCUACAGAGAAAACCAUCCUGAGGUAACUGAGGAAGAAGUGCAUAAAAAUACAACAUUACCUAGGUUUACGGUGGCAAAGACUCUUAUGUUUACUUUCAAAGUAGAGUACUUCAUCUCCAUUGUUUUUGCUGUCCUAUCAAAUUGUGCAUCAGGUCUCCUGCCUUUAGUAACAAAGAGAUUGAUUACUUUUGUCGGGAAAAAGGCUUUAUUCCCUGAAUUACAUGUCAAUGCAGGUGUCGGUUACGCCAUUGGUUCCUGUGCAAUGAUGGUUUGUAACGGUAUUCUGUUUAAUCAAUUCUUCUUAAGUUCUCAAUUAACCGGUGCCCAAGUCAAGGCUUUGUUAACAAAAGCUAUAUUGAACAAAAUCUUUAAAGCAGAUGGUUAUACCAGGCAUAAGUUUCCAAAUGGUGAAAUUACAUCUUACGUCACCACAGAUUUGGCAAGAGUCGAAUUUGCUUUGUCAUUUCAACCUUUCAUUGCAGGUUUCCCUGCUUCAUUGGCUAUUUGUAUUACAUUAUUAAUUAUUAAUUUAGGCCCAAUCGCGUUAGUGGGUGUUGGUGUCUUCUUCGCUGUCUUCUUCGUUUCAUUCUUCAUUUUCAAACAAAUAUUGAACUUGAGAGUGGUUUCUUUGAAAUUUACUGAUGCAAGAGUCACAGCGAUGAGAGAAGUAUUAAAUAACAUGAAAAUGGUCAAAUUCUACUCAUGGGAAGAUGCAUAUGAAAAAAAUAUUACAGAAAUUAGAACUAAAGAAAUUAAAUAUGUAAGGCAACUACAAUACAUUAGAAAUGGUAUUGUGGCCUUAUCGUUUUCGUUAACUAGUAUUGCUUCCUUGGUCACAUUCUUAUGUAUGUACAAAGUCAAUCAUGCUGGUAGAACACCUGCUAAUGUUUUCUCAUCUCUAUCCCUAUUCCAAGUUUUAAGUUUACAAAUGUUCUUCUUCCCAAUUGCUGUCAGUACCUCUAUUGAUAUGUUUUUAGGUUUGGAUCGUAUUCAAAAUUUAUUACAAUCUUCAGAAAUGUAUGAUAGUUUCUAUCAAAAUGAAAUGAAGACAUUGCCACCAUUAGAUGAGUCAAUUGCUAUCAAGAUGAAUGAUGCCUCGUUCAUAUGGCCAGAUUAUGAAAAGAUGGAUAAAGAGGAAGCAUUAAAAAAUCCAGAAAAGGAUACAAAGGGUAAGAAGAAGGAUAAUAGAAAGAAUGCAGCUGGUGAUUCCAAAAACUUUACAAACGAUAAAAAUUCAGAAAAUUCAAUUGUUGAUUUAGAAAAGACAGCCUUUACAGGAUUUACUAAUCUGAACUUUGAAAUCAAAAAAGGUGAAUUUGUUAUGAUUACAGGUCCAAUUGGUACUGGUAAGACUUCCUUAUUGAAUUCCUUUGCUGGUUUUAUGGAAAAAACAUCUGGUACUAUCCAAAUCAAUGGUGAUUUAUUAAUGGGUGGUUACCCUUGGAUUCAGAAUGCAACAGUCCGUGAUAACAUUAUAUUUGGCUCUCCUUAUGAAGAAGACAAAUAUAAAGAAGUUCUUCGUGCAUGUUCAUUAGAAUCUGAUUUAGAUAUACUACCAGCUGGUGAUAAGACGGAAAUUGGUGAGCGUGGUAUCACAUUGUCAGGUGGUCAAAAAGCACGUAUUAAUCUUGCUAGAUGUGUUUAUAAAGAGAAAGAUAUUUAUUUACUUGACGAUGUUCUUAGUGCAGUCGAUUCCCGUGUAGGUAAACAUAUUAUGGACGAAUGUUUAACAAAAUUAAUUGGUAAUAAAACAAGAUUAUUGGCCACACAUCAAUUGUCUCUGAUUGACAAAGCUUCUCGUAUCAUCGUUUUAGGUAACGAUGGUUCAGUCGAAAUUGGAGAUGUUCAAUAUAUGAAAGAAACUAACAAAACUUUAAAAGUUUUGUUGGAGAACACUAAUCAAGCUGAAGAGGAGGAAGAGGAAGAGGAACGUAUGUUGGAAGAAGAAAUGAUAGAGACUAAGGAAAGAGAGAUCAAAGACCUUGAUAUUUUGGAGAAGACCUUGAGUAGAAAAGAUGUGGAUGAGAAUAUUAACGGACGUACAAUAGAAAAAGAAGAGAGGGCUGUUAAUAGUAUUAAAUUGUCAAUUUAUAAGGAAUACCUAAAAGCUGGUCUCAAUAAAUGGGGUUUUAUUAUAUUACCCCUUUACUUGAUUUUAGUCGUUGCUACUACUUUCUCUAGUUUAUUUUCUUCUGUUUGGUUAUCCUAUUGGACUGAAAACAAAUUUGAGAAUAGGUCUGAAAGUUUCUAUAUGGGUCUAUAUUCAUUUUUUGUUUUUGGUGCUUAUAUUUUCAUGACAAGUCAAUUUACUAUAUUGUGUUACAUUGGUAUUGGAGCUUCAAAAAAUUUAAAUAUCCAGGCUCUAAAAAGAAUUAUUCAUACUCCAAUGUCUUUCAUGGAUACAACUCCUAUUGGUCGUAUCUUAAAUAGAUUUACAAAAGAUACAGAUAGUUUAGAUAACGAACUAAUCGAAAAUGUUCGUCUAACUGUUUCCCAGUUUGCUAAUAUUGUUGGUGUUUGCGUAAUGUGUAUUGUUUAUUUACCAUGGUUUGCUAUUGCAGUUCCAUUUUUGGUUUUUAUUUUUGUUUUCAUACAAAACCAUUACCAAAGUGCUGGUAGAGAAAUAAAACGUUUAGAAGCUAUCCAAAGAUCAUUUGUUUAUAAUAAUUUUAAUGAAAUCUUAGGCGGUAUGGAUACUAUCAAAUUUUAUAAAAGUGAAGAAAGGUACAUUGCUAAGUCAGACUAUUUGAUCGAUAAAAUGAAUGAAGCUGGUUAUUUGACGGUUUGUGUUCAAAGAUGGGUUGCUAUUUUAGUUGAUAUGAUUGCUGUUGCUUUUGCUUUAAUUAUCACUUUAUUGUGUGUUACUAGACAAUUUCAUAUUUCAGCAUCUUCAGUUGGUGUCUUAUUAACCUACGUUUUACAACUUCCUGGUUUAUUCAAUACUCUUUUAAGAGCUGUGUCUCAAGUUGAAAAUGACAUGAAUAGUACCGAAAGGUUGGUAUCGUAUGCUACUGACUUACCUUUGGAGGCACAGUAUCACAAACCUGAAACUGCACCACCUGAGUCGUGGCCUGAGGAAGGUACUAUUAAAUUUGAAAAUGUAGAUUUUGCUUAUAGACCUGGUUUACCUAUUGUUUUGAAAAACAUUAACUUACAAAUUAAUGGAACUGAGAAAAUUGGUAUCUGUGGCCGUACUGGUGCUGGUAAAUCAACCAUCAUGACUGCAUUAUAUAGGCUAAAUGAAUUAACAUCUGGUAGCAUUUUAAUUGACGAUGUUGAUAUAAAUAAGCUUGGUUUACAUGAGUUGAGAAAAAAAUUAGCUAUUAUUCCUCAAGAUCCCGUUUUGUUUAGAGGUGAUAUCAGAAAGAAUUUGGAUCCUUUCCAUGAAAGAACUGAUGAAGAAUUAUGGGAUGUUUUAGUCAGAGGAGGUGCCAUUGCCCCUGAAGAUUUGGCUGAAACCAAAGCCCAGCAUAUAACAGAAGAUGGUACUUCAGCUGAUUUGCAUAAGUUUCACUUGGAUAAAGUGGUUGAAGAGGAUGGCGCUAACUUUUCAUUAGGUGAAAGGCAAAUAUUAGCUUUAACAAGAGCACUAGUUCGUAAUACUAAGAUUUUAAUCUUAGAUGAAGCCACCUCUUCUGUUGAUUAUGAAACAGAUAGAAAGAUUCAAGAACGCAUUGCCACAGCAUUCAGUCAUUGUACGAUUCUAUGUAUUGCGCACAGAUUGAAGACAAUUUUAAAUUACGACCGUAUUUUAGUUUUAGAGCAUGGUGAAGUUGCUGAAUUUGAUACACCAAUGAAUUUAUUCAAAGAUGAAACAACAAUUUUCCAUAAUAUGUGCAAAAAAUCUGAUAUUACUAUUGAUGAUUUUAGCGACUUAUAA